GGCAGCGGCGGCGGCGACGCGGGGGUCCGGUCCCAAGUGGGAGUCGGGCGCCCGGCUUCUUGCAGGGCCCCCGCCGCUCGCGCCCGCGAUCCCCCGCCCCGUGCUGCUGCUCCGAGGCGCGUGACAAUUCAGGGACAAACAAGCCAUUCCUGUCACCCUCGGGGUACCCCUUAGAGGCCAUCCAGCCCAGCCUGACCAAUGUCCACAGCCAGGGAACAGCCAAUUUUCAGCACCCGGGCGCACGUGUUCCAGAUUGACCCCACUACCAAGCGGAACUGGAUCCCCGCUGGCAAGCACGCACUCACGGUGUCCUAUUUCUAUGAUGCAACUCGAAAUGUGUACCGGAUCAUCAGCAUUGGUGGUGCCAAGGCCAUCAUCAACAGCACGGUCACUCCCAACAUGACCUUCACCAAAACCUCUCAGAAGUUCGGGCAGUGGGCAGACAGCCGAGCCAACACUGUCUAUGGCCUAGGCUUUGCCUCUGAACAGCAGCUGACCCAGUUUGCUGAGAAGUUUCAGGAGGUGAGAGAAGCUGCCAGGCUGGCUCGGGAGAAAUCUCAAGAUGGCGGAGAAUUCACUAGUCCUGCCCUGGCUCUUUCCUCCCACCAGGUCCCCCCAAGUCCCUUGGUCAGCACCAACGGUCCAGGAGAGGAGAAGCUGUUCCGCAGCCAGAGUGCAGACGCCCCUGGCCCCACUGAGCGGGAGCGGUUGAAGAAGAUGCUGUCAGAAGGCUCCGUGGGCGAGGUCCAGUGGGAGGCCGAGUUCUUUGCGCUGCAGGACAGCAACCAGAGGCUGGCGGGGGCCCUACGCGAGGCUAACUCAGCGGCUGCUCAGUGGAGGCAGCAGCUGGAGGCCCAGCGUGCGGAGGCUGACCGCCUGCGGCAGCGGGUGGCGGAGCUGGAGGCCCAGGCGGCUGCAGAGCCGGUCUCGGCGGGAGAGAAGGAAGCAACCAGCCAGUCCGUGGAGCAACUGGAGGCACGGGUGCAGACCAAGGACCAAGAGAUCCAGACUUUGAAGAAUCAGAACACAGGGACCCGAGAUGCUUCUGACACCACUGAGCGGGAGGAGACACAGCAGAAGGUUCAGGACCUGGAGACCCGGAACACGGAGCUGGAGCAGCAGCUGCGGGCGAUGGAGUGCAGCCUGGAGGAGGCUCGGGCCGAGCGGGAACGCGCAAGGGUGGAGGUGGGCCGGGCCGCGCAGCUCCUGGACGUGCGGCUGUUUGAGCUGAGCGAGCUGCGAGAGGGCCUGGCACGCCUGGCAGAGGCGGCGCCCUAG